UUCAAAAUGGUGGUAGUGUUUUUGUGUUGAUUUCGUUUGUGUCAGAUUCGCAGUCGGUCCCUUUUUUCUACCUCGACCCUUUCCGAUUCGAUCCGCAUCCGUCACCUGGGAGGGAGGAUGACACGCUGAUCCGUCGAUGAUACCGAGCCGCAUUCGAAACGACGAUAUUUUGUUACAGAUGAGCGAGUCGAAAACGGAUUUCGAUUUUCGACGUACGGAUAACGAUUCGGGCCUGGGUGGAUUUAAUAUCCAUCCCUCAGAUAACGAAUGCCUCCCUCGUUGACGUCGAUGGACCACUCGAGGACCGGAUUCGACGAUGACGUUUACGCGAGGACAUCGACUCAAAACAGCCUGAACAGUUCGCCCCAUUCGAGUUACAGUUACAGGAACAGUCCGGGCUACAUCAACCACGAAUACCAAGAUGGAGCAAUGCCCCUCUGCACGGCGACCUACGACUACAAGAGCAACGGCGAGGACGAGCUCACCCUCCGGAGAGGGGACAUCGUCCAGGUGCUCUCCAAAGACUCGAAGGUCUCCGGGGACGAAGGUUGGUGGACGGGCAAGAUCGGUAAGAGGGUCGGAAUAUUCCCGUCCAACUUCGUGGCGGAGGAGAGCGAGCUGAACAGCGCAUUCAGCCGGAUCCGGCCGACUGAGAUCGACUUCAACGAGCUCAAAUUGGAAGAAGUGAUCGGGGCCGGAGGCUUCGGGAAAGUCUACCGGGGUGUCUGGGGCGACGUCGAGGUGGCCGUGAAGGCGGCGAGGCACGGGCCCGGCGAGGACACGGAGACCGUCCUGGAAAACGUGAUGCAGGAGGCGAAGCUCUUCUGGCUCCUCAAACACGAGAACAUCGUCGGCCUCAAAGGCGUCUGCACGAAAGGGUCCAACCUAUGCCUCGUGAUGGAAUACGCGAGAGGAGGCUCACUCAACCGUGUUCUCACGGGGAAAAAGAUCCGCCCGGACGUCCUCGUCCACUGGGCCAUACAGAUUGCAAGGGGCAUGGAGUACCUGCAUAACGGAGCCCCCAUCUCCCUCAUCCAUCGCGACCUCAAAUCAUCUAAUGUGUUGAUAGCGGAACCUAUCGAUGGUAACAAUCUACAGUUCAAAACAUUGAAAAUAACUGACUUUGGGUUGGCACGAGAAGUGUACACUACUACCAGAAUGUCAGCAGCAGGCACAUAUGCUUGGAUGGCUCCAGAAGUUAUUAAAUCAUCUACAUUUUCCAAAUCGAGUGAUGUUUGGAGUUUUGGUGUUGUUCUUUGGGAGCUUUUAACUGGUGAAGCUCCUUAUAAGGAUAUUGAACCUUUAACGAUAGCUUAUGGAGUCGCUUCAAACCAUCUAAAGCUUCCUAUUCCAAGUACUUGCCCGAUAGAAUGGAAAAGACUUAUGGAAGCCUGCUGGGAGACAGACUCGCACAAAAGACCUUCAUUUGAACAUAUUCUCCAGCGACUUGAUUCCAUUGUGCAAUCAGGAUUUACCAAAACGCCAUACGAAAGCUUCCACACAAUGCAAGACAAAUGGAGGCUUGAAAUCGAUAAAGUACUUAAGGACAUCCGAAAUAAAGAGAGUGCCUAUCGCUCUAAAGAGGAGGAGUUACAAUGUCGAGAAGAGGAGCUGAAUCGUGAAAAGAUGAAGCAAACUAUGAUGGAGAAACAACUGCAACAAAAAGAGCAGAUGCUGCAAGCAAAAGAAUUUGAACUGCUCACAAGGGAACUUCAUAUUCAUUUACUCAUGGAUAUGCAGAGCACCCCCACACCAAACAGGAGGAAGGGGAAAUUCAAAAGUUCAAUGCUUAAAGCCAUGAAAAGAGAGCCAGGCCAGAAAAUAAGUUCUCCUUCUGAUUUUAGGCACAAAUUUACUGUACAACCGCCGCACCACUCAAUAAGCCCUCCUCUUUCACCGAAUAGUCAUAGAAUGAAAGCCAUACCCUUGAAAGGAGGAGAAUCAAAAGGUAAGACGUGGGGACCUAGCUCAAUCCAUCAGAAGUCAAGAAACCGCCAAAGACCACAAGCCACAUCAGUUGGCGGUACUCCUGUUGAAACGAGAAAUCCAAAAUUUAGCUGCUCAGCUCCAGAUUUGGAAAAACAAACUCAUCAAGAUUGGAGUCCAGCUGGAGCAAUGAAUGGCGAAACUAGGCUCUCACCUUUUAAAGUUGCCUUGUAUAACAUGUCAGCUAUGCUAGCAUGUAUUGGGUUAGGUCCCGAUUUAAGGAACUUGGAUAAAAAUAAAUCAUUCGAAGAAGUAGAAGAAAUUAAUCACUCGAUGAAUUACAGCGCUGGUUACUUUAAUGUUACAAAUAGUCCAGUACAUGGUCACAACACUUACCAUGGUAGAGUUACACAUUCGAGGCCACCGAUUUCCACCUUUGCCCAGUCUCCCACAUAUGAAAGGAGACCAUCUGAUGCUUAUUAUUUACAAGAGAGUAGCAGUGAAGAUUUGACUUUUCAUUCUGGGAAGGACAACAGCCACCGAGUUCGUUUUACACAUCAGUAGUACUAUUGACCAGCUGUACAGAUUAAGGUUUAUCAAAGAAUUAAAGAAGAAUUUAAAUAAAUUGUAAGAAGAAAAAUCAUAUAGACUGAGACAAACUUUCUCAAUAUCUAAAAAAAAAUUUAAAGAACGAGUUGUAAAGGUUAUAAUGUACAUUCCUUUAGAAGAAGAAAUGACAAGACGAUAAAAAUGGCUUCAUCUGUGAUUUUGUAUCAAAAAAGAAGAUUAUAAAAAUUUAUUAGUGUUCCCGCUAAAAUUGAUUAAUUGAUACUUAACUAUUUCCAUCACCAAUGGCAAUCAAUUAUCUAUUUUUAUGACAGCAGCUUUCGUAACAGUAUUUCUAGCCAAACACCAGUGAAACCGUUAUUAAGAAGAGUACUAUUUAAGUUUUUAUUUUUAUGAAAGGUUUGUGUUUAUAUUUAUUCUUUAUUUUGUUU